CGGACUCAGGAGGAGUCGGUGAGAGACUAUGGGGAAGGACCAGGAGCUGCUGGAAGCUGCUCGCACGGGAAAUGUGGCUCUGGUGGAGAAACUCCUGUCUGGCAGGAAAGGAGGGAUCCUGGGCGGUGGAUCCGGACCCCUGCCCCUGUCUAAUCUGCUAAGCAUCUGGAGAGGCCCCAAUGUGAACUGCACAGACAGUUCGGGUUACACUGCUUUACACCAUGCAGCCUUAAAUGGACAUAAGGACAUAGUUCUCAAACUACUUCAGUAUGAGGCAUCCACAAAUGUAGCAGACAACAAAGGUUAUUUUCCUAUACACCUGGCUGCCUGGAAAGGAGAUGUGGAAAUUGUGAAGAUUCUUAUUCAUCAUGGACCAUCACAUUCCAGAGUCAAUGAGCAGAACAAUGAAAAUGAAACUGCCUUACACUGUGCGGCUCAGUACGGGCACUCUGAGGUAGUGGCUGUUCUCCUAGAAGAGCUCACUGACCCAACCAUCAGGAACAGCAAGCUGGAAACCCCUUUGGACCUGGCGGCGCUCUACGGACGGCUAAGAGUGGUCAAAAUGAUCAUCAGUGCUCACCCCAAUUUAAUGAGCUGCAACACUCGGAAGCACACCCCCUUGCACCUGGCAGCACGCAAUGGUCACAAGGCAGUGGUCCAGGUGCUGUUGGAAGCAGGAAUGGAUGUGAGCUGUCAAACAGAAAAGGGGAGUGCACUUCAUGAAGCAGCUUUGUUUGGAAAGGUGGAUGUUGUAAGAGUUCUGUUAGAAACAGGAAUUGAUGCCAACAUAAAGGAUAGCUUAGGUAGAACUGUCUUAGACAUUCUGAAAGAGCAUCCAUCUCAGAAAUCUCUCCAGAUUGCAACCCUCUUACAAGAAUAUUUAGAAGGCGUGGGAAGAUCGACAAUCCUGGAAGAGCAUGUACAAGAAGAUACAACACAAGAAACACACAUUUCCUCCCCUGCUGAAUCUCCAUCCCAAAAGACCAAAAGUGAAACUGUGACUGGAGAAUUAUCAAAACUCUUGGAUGAAAUAAAGCUCUGUCAAGAAAAAGAUUAUUCUUUUGAAGAUUUGUGCCACACAAUAUCAGACCACUACUUAGAUAAUUUGAGCAAGAUUUCAGAGGAAGAACUUGGGAAAAAUGGAACCCAGAGUGUAAGAACUUCAUCUACAAUAAAUUUGUCACCAGGAGAAGUGGAAGAUGAUGAUGAUGAUGAAAAUACUUGUGGGCCCUCUGGACUCUGGGAGGCGCUGACUCCUUGUAAUGGAUGCAGGAACCUUGGCUUCCCUAUUCUUGCACAGGAGUCCUAUCCAAAGAAGAGGAAUUACACUAUGGAAAUCGAACCAUCUGCUUCUCUGGAUACAUUUCCUUCAGAAAAUGAGAACUUUCUAUGUGAUCUCACGGACACUGCAGUUACAAAGAAACCGUGCUCCUUAGAAAUUGCAAGGGCUCCUUCACCAAGAACUGAUAAUUCCUCCGAGGUAGCAAUUACCACUCCAGGAACUAGUAACCAUAGAAACAGCUCGACAGGCCCAACCCCUGACUGCUCACCUCCAUCACCGGACACUGCCCUCAAAAAUAUUGUAAAAGUUAUUCGGCCCCAGCCUAAACAACGAACAUCUAUUGUGUCUGUUGGACAGGUACCCUGUGUGUACCCAGGCUUUAGUCCUCUAAAUGCAGGCUUUUCCUUCCUGCCUCAUGCCACAGCGAGCCAGUCCUUGACAGACGGUGCUCCAGGUAUUAUCCCAGACAGACAAAACCAGUGGGGAAAUGACCUCUCUCAACAAGAGGAUAAUGAUCCCCCAAAAGAAUAUGAUCCUGGACAAUUUGCAGGCCUUCUCCAUGGGUCCUCUCCAGCCUGUGAAUCCCCUGAAAACCCAUUUCAUCUCUAUGGGAAAAGAGAUGAACAUCAAAGACAAGAUGAAGUCAGUUUGGCAAAUAGCCCUUUGCCUUUCAAGCAGUCUCCAGCAGAAAAUAACUCAGAACCUUUGGUAAAGAAAAUUAAACCCAAAGUGGUCAGUAGAACUAUUUUUCACAAAAAAAGCAACCAAGUCGAAAAUCAUACCAUUGUUGGCACUAGGACAAGUAGAAGUGGAUCCCGAAGUGGAGACCAGUGGAUGGUGAACACAGGGGGAUUUGUGGAGAGAGCCUGUACACUGGGGAGAAUAAGGUCCUUGCCAAAAGCCCUAAUCGACAUGCACUUAUCAAAAAAUGUCUCUAAGUCAGAUUCUGAUCUCAUUGCCUACCCUUCAAAUGAGAAAACAUCAAGAGUUAACUGGAGUGAAUCUUCAACUGCUGAACACAGUUCUAAAGGGAAUUCUGAAAGAACGCCUUCCUUCACUUCUGAAUGGGAAGAAAUUGACAAAAUAAUGAGUUCCAUAGAUGUUGGAAUUAACAGUGAACUUGAAGAAAUGAAUGGCGAGACCCCAAGACCCAGAUGCCCUGUUCAAACAGUGGGACAAUGGUUGGAAAGCAUUGGGCUACCUCAGUACGAGAACCACCUGAUGGCUAAUGGAUUUGACAAUGUGCAGUUUAUGGGAAGCAAUGUUAUGGAAGAUCAGGAUUUGUUGGAAAUUGGAAUACUUAAUUCUGGGCAUAGACAGAGAAUUCUACAGGCAAUCCAGCUCCUUCCAAAGAUGAGACCCAUUGGUCAUGAUGGCUAUCACCCCACCUCUGUCGCUGAGUGGCUGGAUUCCAUUGAACUAGGCGACUACACCAAAGCCUUCCUCAUCAAUGGCUACACAUCGAUGGACCUGUUGAAAAAAAUCUGGGAGGUUGAACUUAUUAAUGUUUUAAAAAUCAAUUUGAUUGGCCACAGGAAACGCAUUUUGGCAUCUCUGGGAGACAGACUGCACGAGGAUCCACCACAGAAGCCCCCUCGAUCCAUCACCCUCAGGGAACCCAGUGGUAAUCACACUCCUCCUCAGUUGUCUCCAUCACUUAGCCAAAGCACUUACACCACUGGUGGCUCCCUAGACGUUCCUCACAUUAUCAUGCAGGGCGAUGCAAGGAGGAGACGAAAUGAAAACUACUUUGAUGAUAUUCCCCGAUCAAAACUGGAGAGGCAGAUGGCUCAGUCGUCUGUCUGUGAAAUAUGGACGAAUCAGAACGCUGGAUUUCCUUUCUCAGCAAUCCAUCAGGUUCAUAAUACAGGAGACUGGGGAGAACCUUCCAUUACCUUGCGACCUCCAAAUGAAGCCACCGCCUCAACUCCAGUGCAAUACUGGCAACACCACCCGGAAAAGCUCAUCUUCCAAUCGUGUGAUUACAAAGCUUUUUAUUUAGGUUCUAUGCUCAUAAAAGAGCUCAGGGGGACAGAAUCAACCCAAGAUGCUUGUGCAAAAAUGCGGAAGUCUACAGAGCAAAUGAAGAAGGUCCCUACUAUUAUUCUAUCAGUCUCUUAUAAAGGAGUCAAGUUUAUUGAUGCAACAAAUAAGAACAUAAUUGCCGAGCAUGAAAUUCGUAAUAUCUCCUGUGCUGCCCAGGAUCCAGAAGACCUCUCUACCUUUGCAUAUAUCACAAAAGAUUUGAAGUCCAAUCACCACUACUGUCACGUGUUUACUGCCUUUGAUGUGAACUUAGCCUACGAGAUCAUCCUGACGCUGGGCCAGGCAUUUGAAGUCGCGUACCAGCUGGCGCUGCAAGCCAGGAAAGGGGGGCAUUCCUCCACGCUGCCGGAAAGCUUCGAAAACAAACCCUCCAAACCCAUCCCCAAGCCCCGCGUUAGCAUUCGCAAGUCCGUGAUCGACCCAUCUGAGCAAAAGACUUUGGCCAAUCUGCCAUGGAUUGUAGAGCCGGGACAAGAAACCAAGAGGGGAAUUAAUACCAAGUAUGAAACCACAAUUUUCUGAUCCUCACCCGCCCUCCCGUCGUCGUGGUGCCUUGCACGCCGAGCAGCCAGGAGCAGGCUUUCCUUCGCCUUUCGUUUCCACCCAGCCCAGGAGGAAGACUGCUCUGUUUGUGUGGCCUUGUCACGGGCGAGAGGCCACUGGCCCUUCCUGGGAAGUUCUUUCUGCACCAGUGGCAGGAAGCGCCACCGAGACUUUCCAGUCCUUACCCCUGACAGGCACGAGUUGAGAUUUCUUGCUGAUUCCCCUCCCUGCUACCACCCAAGGUAUUUCUAAGGACUCUGACCCAACACUUGCUCUGCUGUAUUUGGGGAUAAUACCUUUUGAAACAAAAGUACAGGGGAUCUCUAAUACUGCCUAAAAGUAUAAAAUUCUUGGGUUUAUUUUUCACUGUCAGCAGUUUUAAAGGUAGAAUCGGAACAGAACUACCGCCAUACCGCCUCUGUAGACCCAUUCUAUCCCCGAGUUCCAUCCACUGCAAAAGGACAAAACCACCCUCAUGAUUGCCAGGAAAUUUCACAGUAGGAUUUCCCAAUUUCUAUAUUUGUGGAUUUUAUAUGUAAUCGACUGUCAGAUAAACAAAACCUUUACAUCGAUGGAUUGAUUCACAAUUUAAGAAUGAUUUCAAACAGAGAAAUUUAUUAUGCACAGAAAAAUGUGUCUUGUAUUAAAUAUUUUUAUUAAAAGAAGGUUUCAUUCAUGCAUUGAUAAGAGAAGUAGGUUCGUUGUGAGGGAUGUUUCUGAUUGAUUUCAAAUAACUAAAUUUCUACUUCCAAGAGGGCUGGCUCGGGUGUUGCAAAGCCCCGAGCAUGCUCAGCAGAGCUGACCUGGGGAAGCCGACUGGCUUCAAACCGAAAGUGCUGACACAGUCAUAAGCCUGCAAAGAUUGUUUUUUUUUUAAUCUUCACAGUGUUUUAAAGGACAUGUUAAAAAAAAAAAAAAACAACUAGGGCUUCUGCUGUCAAGAUUUCUGUCAUGGAAACCUUGUUUGAGAAAGAUGUUAAUAAAAUUCUAUUGCAAAAAUUUUUUUUCUAGAAAAAAGAAAUACAAAAAAAAGAA